AUGGCGGUCCUCCUCGUCGGCCUGGCGGUGGCGCAGGGCCCCGCCCCGUCGCCGGCCCACACCCCGUCCAAGUCCCCCCCCUCGCCGUCGCCCUCCGUGUCGCCCAAGGCGUCGCCUUCCCCGGCGACCGCGACCCCGCCGGCUUCCGCCCCGGCUCCCCACGGCCCCGCCGCCUCCCCGCCGUCGCCCCGUCGCCCCCGCCCCCGCCGCCGCCGGCCUCCGGGCCCGGGGGCCCCGCGCCGACGUCGCCCCGCCGCCGUCCAUCGCGACGCCGCCGUCCGUGGCGGCCCCUCCCCAGAACAACGGGGCCGCAUAGGGAGAGAGAUAUGCACAUUGGACAUAUAA